UAGUAUUUGAAUUGAUUUGCUGCGAAAGCCCUCCCCCUCGCAUAUCUUUUACACACAAGCGACCAUUCCAUGCACAAUGUGUACUUUAUUGCUACGAAAAUGUUUAAAUUUGGCUCAAGUUCAAAUUGAGGAAUUAUGUCAAUGAAUCCAUAGCAACCCAUGAAAACAAGCUCCCAACUCGGGGACUUUUCCAGGGAAAAAAAUCCCUGCAUUUACUUUUGGAUUUUGCUUCGAUGCAGCCGUGAGAAAAUUCAAAGUGUUCAAUUUUAUUAAAUUCCCAAGCCCAGGUGGUUUAUUCUAAAUUCACAGUAUUAGUGUACAAAUCUUUUAAGCCUUUCCAGGAUUAAAGCCAGGAGUAUCCUUGAAUUUGCGCAAUUGUUGACAACACGUGCAAAAGAAGUAAAAAACAAAAAGUUAGGAAAAUGAAUCUGAAUCCUUGUCAUAUUUCUGAGGGAAAUUGUGGAAGUGAUAGAUGUCUGCUUCGUGGGGGUGUUCUCUACAGUGUCUGUAUUUGUGGUAAAAGAAAUGGAUUGCAAGAUGAAUGCCGGAAGACAGUGUGUAUGGAACCAAAUCUAUGUCCAUCUGGCUCCAAUCGGUGCCAUGACUACAGGAAGAAUUUUAAAGAAAAUCAUAUUGGAGGAAGUCAUUGUGGCGGAUGCGUAGGACCAACAAAGUCGUAUGGUGGAUCACAGUGUGCCCCACAAAAACUACCUGGUCGACGGUAUGGAGCUAUACCUUGUUCAGGAAAAGAUUGUAGGCUAAUUGAGCGACGACAGCAGGCAGAAAGACUUCUAGAGCGCUAUCGACCACUUCCGCACUAUGUUUUUGAACCACGAAUGUAUUCAAAGGAUGAUCGUUGCUUCAAGAUGGAUGAAAUUGACUGUGGUGCCUUGGAAAAAUAUGAAAAGACCGGAAACUUACCAAAGAGUUUGCAAAAUCCAUCAAAUAAACGAUACAGGGACCCCAUUGGCAGAUAAACUUACAAUCAAAACACUAACAAUGGCUAAAAAUAAAUGGAAUUGCUAAAA